GUGUGUAAAUGCAGCACCAGUGCAGCGCGCUGCUUGCCGUCUUUCACGCAGCAGUAGGCUUUGGAACGGUGCAAUGGCCGUGCCAACCCGUGUGCUGCCCCAAAGGUACCGACAGUGGAAAGUGCAGUUUCUAGUGCACCGGUAAGAAAAUCCGGUCGCUACCAUACCGGGGGUCCAAGUGUCCUGCCAUUUGCGCUGUGUGGUGCUGCUGUGUGUUGGUGAGCACCGCGACCCACUAAGGUAGCGCAAACCCACUCGAAAGGAACGCGGAAAAGGAUGUCAAGUGUUUUGGCUGCGACGACAGGCCCAUUUCGUCGUGUCCCGGCCGCCUGCUGUGACGUGUGUGUGUUGGUGUGUCGCUCGCCGUCGCUCCGGUGUGAUUUACUUCUGCUCUUUCGGGCGGGAUUGGUGCGUAGAGUGUUUUUGUGUGCUGCAGAGUUGCACCAGUGACAACCACCAGUGAACAAGUAAUGCAGCGGGUCCAGUGUGCCUGUGAUUAGAUAAUAAAAACUGUUUCCCCUGGUGCAAUCAGGUGCAACCACACCCGGAAGUGUAUCGAAAUGUGAGCUUUUUUUUGCCGCAGCUACCAGCACGAAAAUGUUUCCCGGGAGCUGCCGGGACGCGGACCAGAUGGAACAACAUUCGCCGUUCUCCAGCAGCAACUCCAACCACUCCGAAAGCUCACCGAUUGCAUCCUCGACUACUACGACGCUCCUGGCCGGCACUGCAAGUCCGGCGCAGCUGGUGUCACAGACCAUCAGUACGGCAGGUGGCAGCAGCAGCAGCAGCAGCAGCAGCAGUAACGUCAAUGUAGGCGAGGUUUCCUCGACGUGCAGUGUCGGAUCGCCGUACGAUACGGUGUCGUCGUCGCCGGGAUACAUCAACACCGAGUCGUCCGUGUCUAGUUUGGACGAUCUGAAAUCAUUGGAAGACCCACUGUGCAGCGACGCCAGCUCAACGACGACCGCGAAAACGUUCGUCGCCUGCAAGGUGUGCGGUGACAAAGCGUCCGGCUACCAUUACGGCGUAACGUCGUGCGAGGGCUGCAAGGGAUUCUUCCGGCGCAGCAUACAGAAGCAGAUCGAGUAUCGGUGCCUGCGGGAUGGCAAGUGUUUGGUGAUACGGCUGAACCGCAACCGGUGCCAGUACUGCCGCUUCAAGAAGUGUCUCUCGGUUGGCAUGAGCCGUGACUCCGUGCGGUAUGGCCGCGUGCCGAAAAAGUCACGCGAGGCGGGCAGCUGCAGCGAGGAGAACAUGAGCAUCUGCGUCAACUCGACGACACCCGCCACCGGUCCGCAGCACGGCAACGGAUCGCUCGGAACGGGUCACAGUGCGAACGGUACCAUGCCCACUACCACUACCAGCACGCUCGGCAGCGGCAACAACGCGGGCAAUAACACUAGCGCCACCAUCGGCCACAGCAACGGCCCGCCAUCAUCGAACGCCAGCAUGGCCGCGAACAGCUGUGCCGAGAUCAGCACGUCCACCGGGACGAUCCUGCCCGACUCGCUGACAUUUACGCCGCCGGAGCUGUCCGUGUACGAUAUCAUCCAGUGCAUUGCGCAGGCCCACCGGGGCCACUGUACCUACACGAGCGAGCAGGUGAAGGAGCAGAGCCGAGUGUCGCUGCUCAACUACAGCGAGAAGCACAACCCCCUGGAAUCGCUCGAGGAUCAGCGGAUCUGGCUCUGGCAGCAGUACGCGAUGCGCAUGACACCGGCCGUCCAGAGGAUUGUGGAGUUUGCGAAGCGUGUCCCCGGGUUCGGAGAGUUUCUGCAGGACGAUCAGCUGAUUCUGAUUAAGCUAGGGUUCUUCGAGGUGUGGCUAACGCACGUGGCACGCGCCACCAACGACAGUACGAUCACGUUCGACGACGGUGUGUACAUCACCCGCCAGCAGCUGGAAGUAAUCUACGAUCCCGAGUAUGCCAACGCACUGUUUAACUUUACCAGCGGGCUAAACAGCUGCUGCCUGAGCGACACCGAGAUCGGCCUGUACUCGGCCCUCAUCCUGCUAUCCGACCGGCCCGGCCUCGUCGAGACGAAGCUGAUCCUGAAGACGCGCGAAUGCAUCGCGGAAGCGCUGCGAGUACAAAUCACCCGAUCACGGGCAAACAACGGCAUGGGGGCGCUGCAGAUUAUGCCCGCACUAGAGGCGCGCGUCCACGAGCUGCGCAUGCUGGGCGAAAAGCACUCCGCCCAUCUGGAGUGGUUCCGGACGAACUGGAGCACGAUCCGGCUGCCGCCCCUGUUUGCGGAAAUAUUCGACGUGCCCAAGUGUGAGGAAGACUUGCAAUAGUGGCGAAUGAAAUGAGGAGAAACAAUGCCGUGAAAAAAGGCCCCUAUAAAUCUCGUAAGGCCGCAAAGAGGCAAUACCAUGAUGAGAACCAGUGACAUCCGUUACACACAUCAGCAUAUAUAGGCAAGCGAUAUUACCAGAUGCAUAAACACACUAUUGAAACACAUAUCAUGCAUAUUGAUGUGAAUUGUUCAUCCCCGCUACACUACUAUACCCCCCAUUUUUCCCGACCAGUUCGUACGACCAGAUAAGACCUGUGUUAGAUUAGAGGGCCCCGCAGCGAUGGCAGAUAAAGCAAUAAGGCGCAGAGAGCAGUAGUCGGUGCGGUCUGAUAAGCGCAAAGCCAGUGCAACCGCAGACAAUGUUCGGUUUGUCGGUGUACGAUGAUGUUACAUGAAAGCAUGAUAGGAAUUUUAAGCUAAACGGGUGGUACAGGUUACAGACCGACAAAUAGGGAAGGGAAAGAACAGUACAGUGGCCAUUAGAUGUAGUUCUAUUCGUUUGUGUGCUCUCCCCUAACACUCCCUUGAAGUGAAUCUCUCUCUCUCUCUCGAUGUGUGCUAUCUACCACCUGUUUCCGGUUGUUUUUACCCCAUUGACCGCGAAGCUGGCAAGAUGUACUCGAGCAAUAUCAUAGUAGCAAUAGGCAGAACAAGUUACUAGACACGUAGCACUAGCGAAUGUAGCGUAUCAUAUUUUACAAGUACAGGGCUGAGAAGGGAGGGUUAAAACGAUAGAGAGAGAGAGAGAGAGAGAGAGAGAGAGAAAGAAAGUAUAGCUAAACAACAAUCAUCAUCACAACAUUCCCUUCAACCUCUGGAGAUCUCCAGAGGAGGUUGCCUGUUAUUAGUAGAACAAAUUGAGACUUUUUAAUGGUUAAGUAAAACAAAAAAAUACUGGUGCUGUAAUUUAAAAAACCCCGAUACUAAUUUUAAGCGAGAUGUCCCGUGACUAUAUCCCUUAUACUACUACUACUACUAGUACAUCUCGGUAGAUACAUUAAGAGGAACAUCUAUCCCCCACUUUUCGCUGACGGCACUCUACGGCAAUCAAUCAAUCCCUUCGAUUCGUCCAUCGCCAUCAUCGCCGAAAUGAGUUCGAUUCUACCACUGACGGGGUGACGCGAUUUGCCCGGCUUUUUCUGCGAUAUAAUAAUGGGUUGUUAACACAAUAACGAUAUGUUAGUGAAAUCAGAGAGAAAGAGUUAUUUUUUGCUCUAAAAUCCUAUACAAGCGCGCGCGCGCGUUACACUAUGUGCGUGUGUGUGUGUGAAUCAUUUUAAACAGGCGUUUGCUGAACAAGAAAUACAGUAAAAACCACACACCACAUGGCAUUCGUACUCUAUUUAUCGAUUAAUCUACUGGGCCGUAAGGAAAAGGAAACAACACUUUUAAACUGCACAGUGAAGUGGUAGUAGCAGUCCAGCAGAGACAAGACUCUCCCUGUGGGAUGACGACGAUAGACAAUGUGAGAGACUACCGAUUUAGCUAUAUUUGAAACUUAAAAAGUAAUGUGAAGAUAACGUAUACAUCUAUACAACGUAUACAUAUUUUGUUACGCAUAUUGUUGCCUUUUUUAUGAUUAGCGUUAGUUGAAAUGCUGUUUAGCCGAAUUUAUGAACCCCUUUCCCCCGUUUAUUCCUUAUAUUAAUCUCGCAUCUCUUAAGGUAGAAAAUGGAAAUGGAAAAGGAUUAGCGAAAGGAGUGGACACUUUUAGGCUUUCUCGUUUUCCUUCCUUUUGGAUAGAUUUCGUGAAUCGUUGUGUUUUGUUAAGUUUAUUCUCUCUCCGUGCGCAAACGUGUGUCAUUCGUGUUUUAGUUUUGCAAAUCAAAUCAAACGAUUUGUGCAUCUUUUCAGUGCAGAAUAUUAUUUUCAAAAAAGGAACCUGGAAAGUUAAGAUUAAAAAAAAGACAAAACAAAACGGCCAUUCGUUGGAGGUAAGCGUUUAGGGAAAAAUAAAGAAAAGAUGGAGAAAAAAGAGAUGAAACCCAUACGCAUAAAAGAUGCUGCUACUUAAGAAGUAAACGAUGAAUAAAGUGGACAUGUUUUAGAGUUACUACAA